GACCCCGACCUGGUGCUGCACAACCUGCUGCGAAACGCGCUGCUGGGCGUCAGCGGUGCUGGCCCGCCCCGCAGGAACACCGAGCUCGUCAAAGUCAUGGGCCUCUCCAACUACCACUGCAAGCUCCUGGCCCCCAUCCUGGCCCGUUACGGUAUGGAUAAGCAAACUGGCAAAGCCAAGCUCCUCACAGAGAUGAACCAGGGAGACAUCUUUGACUGCGCCCUCUUGGGUGACCGCGCCUUCCUCAUUGAGCCAGAGCACGUUGAAACCAUUGGUUAUGGAAAGGACCGCUCUGGCAGCCUCAUCUACCUGCACGACACCCUGGAAGACAUCAAGAAGGCUAACAACAGUCAGGAGUGCCUCAUUCCUGUCCAUGUGGAUGGAGAUGGCCACUGCCUUGUCCACGCAGUCUCGCGAGCGCUUGUUGGCAGGGAACUGUUCUGGCAUGCUCUGCGAGAGAAUCUGAAGAAGCAUUUUGAGGAAAAUCUGAGUCACUACAAGGCACUUUUCCAUGACUUUAUUGAUGCAGCAGAGUGGGAGGACAUUAUCAAUGAAUGUGACCCUUUGUUUGUUCCUCCAGAAGGUGUGCCAAUGGGCCUUAGGAAUAUUCACAUCUUUGGUCUGGCCAACGUGCUUCACCGGCCUAUCAUCCUGUUAGACUCCUUGAGUGGAAUGCGAAGCUCUGGAGAUUAUUCAGCGACAUUCCUCCCUGGUCUGAUACCCCUAGAAAAAUGCAUGGGAAAAGAUGGCAUGUUGAAUAAGCCAAUCUGCAUUGCAUGGAGUAGCUCAGGACGUAACCAUUAUAUUCCUCUAGUUGGAAUAAAAGGUGCUGCUUUACCUAAACUGCCUAGGAAGCUGCUUCCUAAAGCCUGGGGAGUUCCUCAAGACCUCAUCAAAAAGUACAUCAAGUUAGAGGAGGACGGUGGUUGUGUUAUUGGAGGAGACAGAAGUUUGCAAGAUAAGUACUUGAUGAGGCUUGUUGCUGCAAUGGAGGAGGUUUUCAUGAGUAAACACGGUAUCCAUCCCAGUCUUGUAGCUGAUGUACAUCAGUAUUUCUACAGAAGGACUGGUGUAAUAGGAGUCCAACCUGAAGAGGUCACUGCAGCUGCCAAAAAAGCAGUGAUGGACAACCGCCUUCACAGGUGCCUCAUCUGUGGGGCCCUUUCAGAGCAUCACGUUCCUCCAGAGUGGCUGGUUCCUGGGGGGAAACUAUAUAACCUGGCAAAAAGUACCCAUGGCCAACUAAGGCCUGACAAAAAUUACAGUUUUCCCUUGAACAGUUUGGUGUGUUCUUACAACCCCGCAAAGGACGUGCUGGUACCAGACUAUAGCCUGAGUAGUUUGACUGCUUGUAACUGGUGUCAUGGUAAUUUAGUGCGUCGUGUCAGAGAAGAUGGAUCUGUUUCGUAUUUGGAUGGAGACAGAACUAAUACCAGGUCUACAGGUGGCAAAUGUGGCUGUGGAUUCAAGCACUACUGGGAAGGUAAAGAAUAUGACAAUCUCCCUGAAGCUUUUCCUAUUACUCUAGAGUGGGGUGGAAGAGUGGUGAGAGAGACAGUCUACUGGUUCCAGUAUGAAAGUGACACAUCUCUGAACAGCAAUGUGUAUGAUGUUGCCAUGAAACUUGUUACCAAGCACUUCCCUGGUGAAUUUGGUAGUGAGAUUCUUGUUCAGAAAGUUGUCAACACAAUAUUGCAUCAAACUGCCAAAAAGAACCCUGAUGAUUAUACCCCUGUAAGUAUCGAUGGUGCUCAUGCCCAAAGAGCUGAUGAUGUACAGCGAGGACAAGAGUUAGAGUCACAACUUCCAACCAAAAUUAUUUUGACUGGACAGAAGACAAAAACUUUGCACAAGGAGGAGUUGAAUAUGAGCAAAGCUGAAAGAACUAUUCAGCAGAACAUUGCAGACCAGGCUUCCGUAAUGCAAAAACGGAAAAGUGAAAAAUUGAAACAAGAGCAUAAAGCGCAACCUAGGACUGCUUCUCCUGGGGCUGUUCGUGAGGGGCCAUCAUCUGCACCUGCCACACCAACAAAAACCCCGUAUUCUCCAACAUCUACAAAAGAAAAGAAAAUUCGAAUAACCACAAAUGAUGGGAGACAGUCAAUGCUUACCCUAAAGUGCACUACGACCUUCUUGGAACUGCAGGAAAGCAUAGCGAGAGAAUUUAAUAUUCCUCCAUAUUUGCAAUGUAUUCGCUAUGGUUUUCCUCCUAAAGAGCUUCUGCCUCCCAAAGAAGGCAUGGAAAAUGAGCCUGUUCCUUUGCAGCAUGGUGACAGGGUAGCAAUAGAAAUCCUGAAAGGUAAGGAGGAAGGCAGGCAGUCUGCUUCAGCACACUCAGCCCAUGCCGUAAAGCCUGAAGACGUUGCUGUGACUAGUAAAAUCUCAUCGAAGGAACUGCAAGAGCAAGUCGAUAAGGAGAUGUAUUCUCUCUGUCUUCUAGCAACACUGAUGGGAGAAGACGUUUGGUCUUACGCAAAGGGGCUCCCUCAAUUGUUUCAGCAGGGUGGAGUAUUCUACAGCAUAAUGAAGAAAACCACAG